GUCAGUCAGUGUGUCAGUCAGUCUACGAACGCGCGUCACCGGGAGUAGUUCUCGGGAUACUCAAGCUCUGUAUAUUCACACAUUCGCGAGGUCGAUCGGGCUCACGGUACUCACCGUACGACGGGGACCGAGGGAAAGAGAAAGAGGGAGAGAAACGUGAAUCGCACAAUUGCGUGCCGCUUCGCAAUUUUGAGGGAGACGAUCGCGACCGACCGCGAGAGGAUGGCGGACACCAAGGACGACUGCGCCGACAACGUGCAGUUCUUCGAGGGCGUCGAGAAGCUCCUCGAGAUCUGGUUCACCAGCUCCAAGGGUCUGAAGCAGCAUCAGGGUGAUCUUCGGCAGAUACCGCGACAAAAAUGGGAAUCGUUGUUGAAGAUAGUCCGUUGCGAGAUCAUCAGCUUCUGUCGUAAUGAUCUAGUGGACGCCUAUGUUCUCAGCGAGAGCAGCAUGUUCGUGUCUAAACGCAGACUCAUACUAAAGACUUGCGGUACCACUACACCUCUGCAGUGCCUGGAACCGCUUCUGGAGCUCGUUGAGGAGUACACCGGCUUCGACGAUGUCGAGAACGUCUUUUAUUCCCGAAAGAAUUACAAGAAACCAGAACUCCAGAUAUCGCCGCAUCAAACAUUUGAGGAGGAAGUCGCUCUGCUGGAUUCUCUCUUCCCUGUUUUUGUUUUAGAUGGCGAAGCUUACUGCAUGGGCUCGCCCGAGACAGAUUGCUGGUAUCUAUAUACUUUGAUUCGCGAUAAGCCGCUGCAGGAUCCUCCAGAACCGGAUCAAACUCUGGAGAUACUGAUGACGCAACUGGAUCCAGACGUGAUGUCAAUUUUUACGAGAGAUGUCUGCUCGUCCGCCGACGAGGCGACGGUGAAGUCAGGGAUCGAUAAGCUCAUUCCCAACAUGAUUAUAGACGACUUCCUGUUCGAGCCAUGCGGAUACUCCAUGAACGGGGUCUCUAAAAACGGUAGUUACAUGACGAUCCACAUCACACCGGAGCCCGAGUUCUCGUAUGUGUCAUUCGAGUGCAACGUCUCGGAGACUUCAUACGACGAGAUAAUUCGUCGUGUACUGAACACCUUCAAGCCGGGCAAAUUCGUCGUAACGAUCUUCGCCAACAAGCAGUCCGCGGCGGCCAACUGUCCGCGCGAACUCGAGAAACGUUCCGACUAUUUGAAUCGCUCCGGCGAUUGGCUGCGCACCGACGUGCAGUACUGUCGCUUCCCGAAUUAUGAUUUGACUUGCGCGUUCUUCUCUCGCUUCCCGAGCUGAGGGUUCAA